UCAAGAUCGCGAUCGUCAUAGCAACUUACAACAUACAUCAGCACGCACCCUUGCCAUGAGAUUGCUACGACGCUUCUUAUCGGCACACACAUUGCUUGCUUGAUAUUUCCAGUCACGAGAGAACACACACACCGAGCUUUCACCACCUAUCAGCUUGAGCGUUAGCAGAGACAAUCACUUGACCGCCCGGAUCGAGCCUAAAGCCGUUCCUGAAGUUGCAACUCCGUGCAGGGGACAAUCGUUUACAAUGUCUUCGGAACAUACACAGUCACAAGCGCAGACGCCUCAGAGGGUCUCCUUCCUGCGAGCAGCCUCCUCCUCCUUGCCCAGCGCACCCACGCUGAUCCCCCGCUGGUUACACGCCUCCGAGAACGGCAAGACCUGGACCUCUUUUGGCAAUCGGGAUCAUUCCCGUCUCGAAGAAGCAUGGAACGACAAUUUCCAUAGCUGGCAAGAAUGGAAAAGACUCAGGGAGAGGGUGGCAUUGGGCAAAAAGCUAGGAAAGGGAGAUGUGGGAAGUAGGGUGAGAGAAAAAUUGGAUGGAAAGAAGGCGGAGGUGAUGGUGGGGAAUGAGACGAAGGAUGGGGAGGUCAUAGAGGAAGCGGCCCCUCAUCCAGAUAGGGAACUCGAGAGCUGGAGGAUACCAGUCGCAGAAGAUCACCUGUACGAGGUGGAUUUGCGCUUGCACAAGCUCAGCACCGUGUUCUGGAAGUCUCAGCCUACAUCCGUCAGAAGAGGAACCUGGUUCCUGGACGGCAGCAGACUGACGCCCUGCACAGAUGCCGUUGCCGAGGAGCUAGAAUCUCUCUGGGGCUCUAUAAAACCAUAUCUACCCUCCUACGCUGAAGAGCUCAAGUCAUCAGUCUCCUUGGGCUCGGAUGCAGACGACAAAUUGAAAUGCAGGCUGCAAAGCCAAAAGAGCAGCUACGUCAUCUUUCUGGGACCUCAUCUCGCUCGCAUAUAUGCCGACGAUGUCUCUACCAGAUUUGCGAAGACGAUCUGGACAGCUUGGAGCGGCGAACAUGCUGGAGGCACUCUCGUAGCGAGAGGCUAUCACAAUGCUCAGCAGCUGUUGAAGACCCGAGGCGUGGCAGAUGCCAAGAGCUCUACUUCUGGGUCUAGCAAGAAGACAGGCCAGACCUCUGGUACAGCAACGCCCCCGCGGGUUGUAAGUCUGAGUACGGACAAGACCAAGAAGUCCAGGCCCGCAAGCAGCAGCAGCAAUCAUUCGGGCUCCAGCAACAUUGUCGAAGAGAAACAGAACCUCGCAAAUCGAGCAUCUGGAUCGCAUCAAGCUGUGGGAAGACCUAGCGGCGACGCAGAGGCGACCCUGGCAGGAGCAGCUGCUGCUGCAGCAUCAAGUGACGCCUCAGCAAAUGGACCGACCCUUACUUCCGCGUCGCUUCCCGCGAAUGAGAACAGCGGAGCACAAUCAACCAGCAGACCCGUCUCGGGCACCGAAUCGUUCGUGCGCUCACUGGGAAAUCGGCUGUCCAUGUUCGGCGUGGGCGGCAUUGCCGGUCCCUCCCCCUUUCCCACUCAAGACAUAAAAGACUCGCUUGGCCAGACGAGCGCGGGCGAACAAGAGGCGGGGGAGUUGAAAGAGAUGGAGGGGGAAAAGAGUAAAGCAAGCGCGGGACUGGGAGAUGGGACCGAUCAUGGUGCCGAUCGAGGAGCGGAGGGUCAAAGUGCAGAGGCGAAUACGUUUGUGGACGAGGACGAAGAGGAGGAGGAACCUCCUGAGCAUCUCGUGCUGGUCUGGCAUGGUAUCGGUCAGAAAUUGGCCGAAGAAUGGAAGUCGCUUGAUUUCGCACUAGCAGUGUCGAGCAUGCGCACAUUAAUGUCUCGUCGAGCAGCGAGCAAGCCCCCGUCAGACGUCGGAGGUGGUGGUCUGCCGGGCUUGAUAGGUGGAAGAAGGGUGCAGUUCAUUCCGGUCAUGUGGAGAAGCGCUCUGGACGACUUUCAGCCGCCUAGACAGGAUGAUGGAGAUGAAGAUGAGCACUUGGACAAUCAAUUCGGGCUUGAACAGAUCUUUGGGAGUAAUGAGAAGGAUAGCAUCCCGUUCGUCAAGACACUCAUAUCCGGAGUGGCCCUAGACAUCCCAUUUUAUCUUUCUCAUCAUAAGGGUGAGAUCAUGAACCGCGUCAGGGCGCACACUAAUUUUGUCUGGCGGCUUUGGAAUCAGCGGAAUCCGCGCUUUCUGGCCCGAGGAGGCAAGACGCAUCUGAUUGCUCAUUCGCUUGGCGCCGCCAUCGCUGCAGACGUACUAUCUGCACAGCCCACCUUUGCCGGCGAGCUGGGUGCGAUAAGCUCAUACGAGACCCAACUCGUGUUUGAUGUAUCUAGCCUUUACCUCCUUGGCAGUCCGGUGGCGCUCUUCAUGUGGCUUCAGCAAGCUCAGCUCAUUGCUCGCAAGGGGAGAGAGGGUACGAAAGAUUCUUCUAGAGAUGAAGCGCUAGAGAGGUCUGGAAGAUUUGGCUGCUUGGCUGUAGACCGAUGCUUCAAUAUUGCCGCCAUGACUGAUCCGAUCGGAACUAGGCUCAAUGCGUGUGUUGGUGAAAGGUACGCACAAAUCAUCAAGCCUCAUGUCCUGGCCAAAGCAGUGACUGCCAUCUUGAGAGGCCAGCCAGGUGCUCUGAGCGAGUCGACUAGCACGUCGACUGGCAUUUUUGGAACCUGGGCUCGCGGGUCAUCGGGUCCGGGUGGGGCUCGGCCGAGUAGCUCGGCGCAGGAUCCAGACGAGGCCAACGCGCCGGAUGGAGGUGGCAUUGAUACGCUAGGAUUGAUGAGUACCCCGCUCGAUGCCUCAGCUGAAGAUGUAGCAGGCAGCGCAAAGACAGCAGCGGAGAAUGGGUCUAGUGGGUCGGAGUGGAUACAGAGAUUUGCUCCCAAGAAAGUCAAGGCUGCAUAUGCGGAGAAGAGGAACACCGUGAGUGCGGGAGCUAUGGCUGCUGCUACUGCUGCUCUGGCACAAGUGUCAGCAACUGGACAGGUCGAGUCCGGCUCCCAUUCGCAAGCGAGCACGCUCAAGUCUGCAUAUAACCUCAAGCAAGAAGUCGACUCUGGCGCGACGGAGAGGCCGAGCACUGCUGAGGCCGAAGUAAGCGAGAAGGCGGAUGAAAGCGAUGCGGACGGCAUGGCGUUGACGCAGCGAUCCCGGGCCGAAAGACGCAUGAGAGCGCUAUCUCCACUCGGAUCCGUCGAUUUCGUCAUUCCGCUGCAAGCGAGUCUGAUCAGCCACCAGUACUUGGAGAUGCUAUACAGCCAUGCGGGAUACUGGCAGGACCCUAGCUUUGCCGACUUUCUCCUCGCCACGCUCUUUUCUACGAGGGAACAGCUGGAUCAGGCUCGCCAGAGGCUGGAAAAGCCCGAAUGAUACGUGGCGCGGCCUUGACUUGAAUCGCGACAGUAUGCAGCUGAGCAGCCUCUGAUGCUCAAGACGACUCGCACUCUUGACGCCUCGUCGAUUCACAACGUACAGCAGUAUGCUGUUCACACCUAGACUGAGCGCACUUGCAGAUGCAUCAUGCUGUGAUGGCAAUAUCCACUUGUUCUG